AUGAAUGUAGCAUCAUCAUCUCCAUCGUCUCGUAAACAGAAACGCCUUGGUCCUGCACCUAUAGCUUCAAUGGAAGACACCACAGCCGAAGAGAAAGCACAGAUGGAACAACAAAACCAUCAAAAUAUCCAACGGUGGCCGCACGAAAAAACCUCAGGGGGUUCACCUACAAAAAUUAUGGAUUGUCAAUCUGCACUUGUACCGACAACACCGCGAAUAGAUAUUAGUAGAGCCUCUUCUCACUCUUCUCAUCACGACAGCAGAGACAGUAGUCCGGAAAAUGUUUUCGAACAGGUUGGUACUGGUACGUUACAAGACUCGGGCGUACUAGGCUUCCGUGAGGAAGACACAUUGGACUUGCGAAAUUCUACCGAAGAACUACAGUUUAUGGAACCGGAAAAGGGUAAUCGUGAAAAAGAGAAACCAAAUACACAGAUUUCUUACGGAUCCUGUCCACCACAACGCUAUUCGCCUAUCAUUUGGAAAUUAGACGAUCAACCAGCUUCUUUUAACCAGCAACAACAGCAUCAACAGCAACAACAGCAGCCACACACGCGCAAGGACUCUGCUAGUUCUGAAGUAGUAGCAUUUCUAUCCAUAUCUGGUCGAACCAGUCGUCUGUCGAGCGUGGGAAGCCAGGGAUCAGCCAAUAGUAAACUAUCGGCAUGUUCGGCGGUAUCAGGAAUUUCUCGUUCUCCUUCACCUCACAAAAUGCUUCUUGAGACGUCGUUCUGCGGAGCCAAACCCUUGCAAGCAUAUGCUGAGGGAGGUAUAGUUGGUAGUACCCUUGAACCAUCUACGGAGAAAAUGCUAGAACAAGUAAUAUUGUCACGUAAAAAGGAUCCCACUGAAGCAGUUUUAGCAGAGGGUGUGCACAUGCAGCAAUCUGCCGGUACCGAUUCGACAAUCGAGAAAGGUCAUCGUAGAGAAAUUCGGGAAAGUUUUCCCCAGCAGCCACCUCCCGGUGGAGGGGAUGGACAAAGAACUGCACAAGGCUCUUCGGGUGGUCACAUCCGGCGUAAGUCGGAUUGUGGCGCCGGUACUACUAACAAUCUCGAUGUACAACACUUCAAAACCAACCAAACUAGCCGAAGUGUCGGGAACAAACGUCAUAUUCCUCGGGAUUUGAAAAAUUCCAUCGUCGGCGUUAUGCCAAGUGGCACAGAGUACAUACGUAUAAAGCUCAAACCGGACCACUGCUACAGCGACAACGGCAUCGCGGAUAAUGAGCGUGUCGUAGAGAAGCCGAAAGAUCAGGAACUCUCGGUGCCGCCAUCCCAUGACCAUCAACGCGCCCGUACGUCUAGUGUGACGCGAUCACCAUCACCAGCAAAUGUGAGUGUUUCGCGACUGAACUCGUUCUGUUCGCUAUUUAAACAUAAAAAUUUUGUAUCCACUGACAAACUUAAUAACCUUCAGCAGCAACAACAGCAUCUGCCACGAAAAAAGCGUACGUCCACGGCGUCAAAUGAAUCGACUACAAUCGGUAGCCGACAUGAUCAGCAGAAUGAGCACCGAAGCGCAUCGGCUAACUCAACACCCUCGAAGCAGAAGCUUGUGCUAAAAAUGUUUAAAUCAAAGCGGGACUCUAAAUCGAAAUCGCCUUCCCCGAUGGGAUCGACAGCCGAGUGCGUCGGCCAACCUUUCUACAACACCGGCGGACACGAACAGCAUACGACAAGCAAUAUAAGCGCAGCACGAUCUCCUGGUUCAACUGGUUUGCGUUACUAUGAUGCACCGCUGGAUGGCCAGAGCAUACACAUUCCCUUGCACACCCCUCCAGAGGAACGAAGAUUAGGUUCAUUUCGCAGUGCGACCGGGGUAACAAUGUCAUCAUUUAUGGAUACAACAGCUUCUGUUGCUAAUGCAUCAGAAACACAAGUAUCGGUAUCUGCGUCAUGUACACCCACGGGUCACAGUAGCAUGCAAAAACACGCCAAAACAAACAAGCAGCAACGCAUUGCCAACAUGACGGUCACGAUACACGAUCGACCAAAACCUAUGCCACCGCUCAAAUGCUAUCGGAUAAAUAAUCCUGAUGGUAGUAUCAUCAUACCGCUGAAAUCUCCAAUUGAAGAUAAAGAAAAUGGAACUCAUAAUUGGGAGAACGUUAUUGGCGAGCUAUCGCAACGUAUUGAAAAGCACGUAAAUGAAAAUCACGAAAAUAUCUGCCCUACAGACGCAACAAGCUUCAGCAUUUUACCCAACCAGCGGCCAGCAUCGCUAACGUACAACGAUGCGGAGGAAGGAAACAGUCGCCAAAAGCCAUUGCAAAGUAAUUUCGCAUUACCACCUCCUCCUCCUCCUCCUCCACCACCUCCGCCGCCGGCAGUGUCCCGAUCGAGACCGCUGCAAUCAUCAGUGCCUGCUACAGCUGAUUCCAAAAGGACUUUUGGUGCAGAGCUUCACACGUCUCAGCAACAGAACCAAGCGUCAACAUCUUUUUCGAUGAGUGUUUCUGCGCGUCAAAAGCAGCAUGCGCUGUUUCAAAUGCGAAUGGGAUCCGGUAGCGAGGAACAGAUAUUCAGUACCACCCUAAAAGACUACGCGAAAGAACUGAACAGAAAUAGUUCAACUAUUAGCCAAAGUUCUGACAGUUCGCUACAGAAAUCCAUUAACGAGCACGUGGAUAGUGGAGCUUACUGUAGUACCGCUGAAGGUGGUGGUGGUAAAGCGCUAACUAGGAAACCGUUUUCCGGUAAUUGUAGUGAACCUCAAAGCGACCUAGUGACAGCAGAUAGUGUAACAUCAUCAUCUUCACCUCAACAGGUCAUGAUGGCGAAGGGAGCGAUGCUGAUGAAGGAGCUUCAUGAGCAUCAAAAACAGCACCAACUGCGGAAACAGCAGAAGCAACAACAGUACCCGCCAGAACAACAAGAGCAGCCACUACGAGAGCAUGCUCGAAACUGCGGUGAAGGAAUUAGCCCAGAAGAUAUAGCUGACGAGACUCUAGGAGUAGUAUCGCGUGAUAGUAGUCCAACUGAAUGUAUCAGUAGAGAUUCGAAGCAUCAACCUCAUCAGCUCCACCAACACCACCACCACCAACAUCAUCUUCAGCUCCACAAUCACGUUCAGCAUCCAAAGCACCACAUUCAUAAGCAUAAGCCGUCGAAUGAUCACCCCGAGUACAGCGCCACAGUGGAUGAUGGUAUGGCAUCGUCGGAGAGUGAGAAGGACUCGGAAUUCGAUUCUGCAUCGAUAACGGCGGGUCGACAUGCCCUUCGACCGAACAUGCUUGCCAUCGAGGAUCACGAAAGUGCAGGUCUGGUAUUUCAGGAAUCGUUUGAUGACGAGCUACCAUACAUACCGACUACGCUACCGGAAGAGAAGCCGGUUGGCAUAAAACUAGUGCCGGCGAAGGAACGAACUCAGCACGACCUGAAGACCUAUCCCCUGGAAAGACCACGCUCAACAACUCCUAUACAUCCCGGUUCAUUGGAAAAGUACUGCCACGAUCGAACGGCGAUGUCAGGACCUAUUGGAUUGGCAGCAAGAGGAAGUAUUGGUGGAGAACAACCGGUAUCACUGCGCGACUCUGCAGCGAACGGUGCAACAAAGCUUCGGAUAAGCUUACCGGUAAAGAAACUAAACGAAAGCACUGGACCAGGAAGUGGUGCGAGAGCUUUCGAGCAUCGUUCUUCGCUCGGUGCUAUUACUAUGACGACAACUACAGCGGGAGGAGCAACAACGGGUGCUGCCACGGGAAUCGGCACAGGAACUACGGGUAGACAAUAUCGAUCGACAUCGACGACGACGGCGAUGAUGUCCACAACAGUUCUCAAGAGCCGUGGAAUUGCAUCGGAAGACUCACCAACGCCACCGCCACUGCCACCGCGUAAAGCGUCCACGUCAUUGUCGGCCAGCAGCAUGGCUGCCGCACCAGGCCAGAAAUGGAUUGACGUUGAAGCUAUACCGGAAAUGCGAAAAGCACCGAAACGUAUCACAGCAAUACCACAAAAACAGCAACCACAGCAACUGGCGCAAUCUCGCAGUCCUAAUACAGAUGCUAGGGGUCCAUUAGCUGAUCGUAGAGAAGCUGGUCCUGACGGGCAGCUUUACCAUUACGUUAAUCCUGAAGAUUGCCAAUGUGAAUGCCACGAACAUGAACGUAGCACGGCCAACAUGAGCAACAACGCCGGUGCUCAUGAGGACAUGAAUGUUUCUUCGGCCGAUUUGGCUGACGAUUGUAGACCUCUGUUACGAUCUUCAUCGUCUUCACUGACGGCAGCUCCGUCUAUCACGCCUGUAGCGGGUGAUUAUAGUACCGAUAAGAAUGUUUUGCAGAGUAUGGACCCACAGAGCAGGGAUGAGCACCUCAAUGAUUGAAACGCCGUUGCCGGCAUAUAAUCAGCGAUAAGCUUUUUUGUCCUUAGGCAUUGCCCGUAUAGUGAUUUAUAACGAUGUAUGCUAUCUUACAGUAUUGAACUUUUCAGUAUGGUAGAUGGAAAGAUACCCAAUAUCUCUUCGAAACAUGGAUCAGCAUACUGAGUACAAGCAUAAAAAAUCAUAGCUGACCACACACUUUCUCGCUGCGUUUUCUUAUAAGUAUGCUAUGCUACUCAGACCAUUGGUAGCGACCCCUUGCAAUUUAAUAUCAUUUGAGGAAAUUCAUGAACAACAACAACAAUAUGAAUCAAAACAAUAUUGUUACUUUACAGUAUAUUGCAUCGUACUCACGUAUAUUAUACAAGCAAAAAUUUGUUGAGCUUUUGCAUUGAAAAAAAAAAUCUAUGUCUUGGAUUACUAUUUGUAGUCGUGCACAUCACAAAAACAAAGAAAAUAAUACAAAUUCAAAUUCAUCAUUGAACUCAAAUAAAACCGAGUACAGAAUGACGUUAAACGACUAUAACAAUAGUUCAUAGAAUGAUAGUUGAAAAAAUCUAAUUAAUUGACUAAGAGAUAUUUGGUGGAAUACUCUUCCAAUAAUUUGGUUCCUCAAACGUAAAAACUGAGCAGUAGAAAUUGAAAACCUUUUUCAGAAACAGCUGAACGGAAAAAUAUAACUGCAAACUCGCGAGGUUGAGGCCAUCUUCUAGAUCCUUUCCCAACCUUUGAUUCGUACUCCAUCCAUCAUUCUCGUCGCAAUCGCUCGCUCUCUAUACACCUGUGUUGUAUUUGUAUCGUUGCAAAGAUAUAUAACGUUAAAUAAAAUCAAUAAAGAAGGCAUUUAAA